AGUUCUGUAACCUUUCUUUGGUUGAACCUGCCAGGGUAAAGCACUGCAGACGCACUGUCAACAUUUCGGAGAAUCCCUGUUGCUGCUGCCAUGGACAUCCGCGCAGUUUUUCUGUCCUUCCUGCUGGUGACUGUGAGGUUGUCCAGAGGAGCUGUUGCCCCGUCGGCCUGUGAAAAAGAUGAGCAGUGUGGUCACGGUGAAUGCUGUGCCGUUAGUCUGUGGAAGAGCAACCAGAGGAUGUGCAUGUCACUAGGAGUGGAAGGGGAUAUCUGCCAGCCGCUCAGCUUCAAGGUGCCGUACAGUGGAAUAAGGAAAGAGCACACCUGUCCAUGUCUCCCCCACCUGACGUGCAAGAGUUCUUACGACCUGUUCAAAUGUGCUGGAGACUUAAAAAAAUAAAUAACCAAAUAACAAAUUUUGUUAUCUUAGAGAGGAACCAAAAGAUAAUCACAAUAAAAUUGCACUAAAAUCAUAA